AUGGAUGGAGAGCGCAGAGCAGAGGCACUGGUCACUGGAAAGCUGAGCUGGCAGGCAGGGGACUUCUGCAAGCAAGUCCGCAGUUCUGUUUUCUCCCCCACAGGCUCCUCGCGGUUUGCUCCAGCGGUUACGCAACACGCCCCGUUUUUUAAAGGAACGGCUGUUGUUAACGGAGAGUUCAAGGAGCUGAGCCUGGAUGAUUUCAAGGGGAAAUACCUCGUCCUCUUCUUCUACCCCCUGGACUUCACCUUUGUCUGCCCCACAGAAAUUGUGGCUUUCAGCAACAAAGCAAAUGAAUUUCAUGAUGUGAACUGUGAAGUGGUAGCAGUUUCUGUGGAUUCUCAUUUUUGUCAUCUGGCCUGGAUAAAUACGCCACGAAAGAGCGGCGGUUUGGGCAAAAUGAAUAUUCCAAUUCUGUCGGACCUCACAAAACAAAUCUCCCGUGAUUACGGUGUGCUGCUAGAAGGACCUGGCAUAGCACUAAGAGGUCUCUUCAUCAUUGAUCCAAAUGGGCUCAUCAAGCAUCUAAGUAUCAAUGAUCUCCCUGUCGGUCGCAGCGUGGAAGAGACCCUCCGCUUGGUGAAAGCAUUCCAGUACGUGGAAACACAUGGAGAGGUUUGCCCGGCAAACUGGACUCCAGACUCCCCAACAAUCAAACCAAGCCCAGAAGCUUCUAAAGAAUAUUUUGAGAAAGUGCAUACAUAAACACUCAAAUAUGUGGACAAAACUCUUAGUUACCAUACACUGAAGACAUUAGGAAAGCACCUGUGAUUAUUAAAAAAAAAAAAUCAUAUUUCUCAUUUUCUGAUGUUGAAAAAGAAAUUAAAUGCUGAAACAUUUACUGACUCCCUUGUCUUCUUUUAAAAAGAAGGGUAAAAACUAAGGCUUUUCCCCCCCCCUUCUUGCAACUUGUUUCCUGAAUUUUUGUGACCACUAGUCAUCUUCUUGAAUAUGACAAGUACACAAAAUACAGUUGUAUUCCACUGCAUUUUUCCUCUUUCCUUAACUAGUUUUGGACCAGAAAGUGUCCCGCAUUUUCUUUUCUCACAUGAAAAAUUAAAUUCUGUAACGAGUUUGAAAUAAGAGGGACAAUACAGAAAAUAGAAUUUUGAUACAUGGUUUGUUUUUAAUGAAUUUUGCAGAGGAAGAGAUGAAUGUAACAAGUAAAAAAUAAAAAAUCCCCGUUUUUGUGUGUAAAUACACUUAACUUGAAAUGAAUGUAAGUAUGUGCCAUUUUAAUGCUGCAUUAAUUGGCAUGAAGAACUUUCAUUCUGCUUGGGAGAUGGUAAGAACUUGAACCCCAGUAGUGUACUUACUGGAGUUUAAUUACAAGUCUUCCGUCAUUUAAAGCAUUGCUUAUUUGCUUGAAUCUGUCUGUUGUACUGCUUGAAAACAAUGUAGCACAUCUCUAGCUAUAAUAAUAAAUCUUAACAGUGACGAGCA